AUGGGGGUUCUGACAGUACUGUAUGGCACCCAAAGUGGCUGUGCGGAGAUAAUGGCGUACACCCUCACUUCGCUGGCGAUGAGGCGAGGCUUCGAGCACUGUCGUUGCCUUCCAGCUGAUGAGUUCCAGCUUGAGAAUUGGAAGGAGGCCUCUCCUCUUGUGAUUAUCUGUUCCAACACAAAUCAAGGUGAGGCACCCGAGUCUAUUCGUAUCUCGUGGGCAAAGCUGCUACAGCCGACGGCGCCGUCCAUGGAGUCCCUGCGGUUCGCUGUCUUCGGCGUUGGCGACUCCCUCUAUCCGAAGUUCAACUACAUGGCGAAGAUGCUUCACAACCGACUUAAGCAAUUGGGCGGCGUGCCACUCGUCAACCGUGGGCUUGGCGAUGAGAGUGACGCGAAGGGGGUGGAUGAAACCUUCCUACCAUGGCUCCUGCAGCUGUGGCGCGCCUUGGGGCGACUGUCACCAGAGGAAGAGGGGGCACAGGCGGAGAACCCAUCUACGGCACCUCUUGUUAGAAAGUUUAACGUUGACUUUGUCGAUGCUGGUGUGCAUGCCGAUGCGGUGGAUAAAAUAGUUCAUCGUAAUGAGAGCGUGUUCGAUUGCGUUGUACAGCAGAAUGUGCGCCUCACAGCGGAAGAUCACUUCCAGGCGGUGCACCACGUGGCGUUUUCACGAGUGGUUACUCGCACAGAAGGUGCCGUGCAGCAAUCUAGCCCCCUCUCUUUCGAAGUGGGGGACGCGUUGGGCGUCUACUGUACUAACCGUGAGUCGACAGUUGAUGAUUUUCUCGCAUUACUUGAUCAGAAGGGUGAUGCUUUGGUUUGUGUGACGCCCAACACCACCGAGGGUCUAAUUCAACAGAAGCAUCAACCUUUCUUUGGGAAGCCGAUGACACUUCAGUUUCUCCUGCGCCACUACGUGGACUUGGAGGCUGUGGUGAGCCGUUCUUUCUUUGGCAUGCUUGCACGUUUUACGGCUGACGCCGAAUUUAAGGAACGGUUGUUGGAACUGGCGUCGCCCGAACACUUGGAUGACUAUAUGUCGUACGCCCACCGCGAGAAGCGCAACGUGGUGGAGGUGCUGAGUGACUUCCGCACCAUUCGCCCUCCACUUUCCACGCUGCUGAGUUUCAUGCCGUUGAUGCGCCCGCGACUCUUCUCUAUCUCCUCCGCCCCGUCCUUUGACGUCAGUGAGAUUCACCUCACUGUGGCGCUGAUAUCGUGGCAGACACCCUACAAGCGUGACCGCAAGGGAUUGUGCAGCUCACGUCUGGUUGGUUCUGUUCCUGGGGAUGUGUUCACGUGCUACCUCUGGCCCGGCACGCUGCUCGUGCCAGCGAGGCCGAGUCCGUUGGUGUGCGUUGGCGCCGGCACCGGCAUCGCACCUCUGCGCGCCCUUAUCCGCGAGUGUGCGGCAAACCCGGGGGAGUGGGGCGAGGUUCCGCUUCUUCUUAUCUUCGGAUGCCGGCACGCGGAUAAGGACUAUCUCUACGCCGCGGAGUGGGCAGAACUGUCGAGGGAGCGGCUGAAAAAGUUGAAGGUGCUGCCGGCCUUCUCCAGAGAUGGAGCAAAGAAGUUUUACGUGCAGCAUCAGCUUGGUCAGCACGCUAAGCGUGUGGCACAGGUGCUGGAUGAUGGAGCAUGCGUUUACGUUUGUGGUAAAUCCACGCCGAUGCCCAAGGAUGUUUCCACAACAUUUGAUGAUAUCGUCACGCAGUGUUGCUGCGGUGGCGAUGAGGCCGAUGGACAAGAAUAUAUGAAACAGCUUCGCAAAGAAGGUCGCUACGUGAUGGACACGUGGUCAGCGUGA